AUGGUUCCGGUUCCCGAUAUUUUCUCGGGGAAUCGGGGAACGAUGCAAACAUCCACCGCGCGGGAAUUGCAACGAGAGGGAAUAGACGCCCAUGCGGGCGUGCGCCACGCCCGUCGCGAAAAUUCUAGAAUAAUGACAGACUCCAGAUACAUCACGCUACGAAUGCACACGUCGUGCCGUCCAGCUCUACAGAGUACCUGCAUCACCCACCCCCUUGCAGGCGGUGAAGAACAGACCCAGGGGAGAGACACGAGAUUGGGGGCGAAAACAAGCCUCCUGGAUAGCUUCAUAGCUUCCCCUCCCCCCCCGAGCAUUUCAUUUCCAAUCUACCGCGCGUGUUUGCCCAAGUGCUUCGCUGGGGAACAGACACGUUCAAAGACAUGCAUGGCGAUGCGCCCUGCGCCCUGCGCCUUUCCCGCGCGUCCCAAGACUCGAAAGCUCGCGGCCGACCUGCUCCAAGAAGGUAUCCACAAGCAGCGAGCACCCAGAUCGGAUCCUGCAGCAGCAACACCAAGGCGCAUCUCAAAAGUCGCCGCAUCUCAUCCGAGACCCCUUUCUCCCAAGUUCCCGCGCGGGUCGGGUAAACGACGACGACCGUCGACCGUACACUCCACCAUCCGUGCCUCCAGAACCGCCGGCGCGGUUGGGCAUUUGCUGAAUUACAAACCAGCACUCAUGAUUAUCAAUUCCCAAGACAAGAGUCAACGCGCGCCAAACUACCUUACUCCCGCCCCGUCCAGCCACCAGCCCCAUCACGAUGGCGCAAUACUGAAUGGCAGUCCCGGUCGUCUCCAUACGGAUACCAACUCCACUUCGGAGCACCAAGUUGACAUGUUCCCCCCCCCCUUCCUCCGGAAGGGAACCUGCCCGGCGCAAAGAGUUUCGGCUUCCGUUAUGAAGCACGGCGCAUGCCGUGUCUACCGUCUCUUCGCCAAGAACUUCCAAGCGUUGUGGCGCCCGGGACCAUGUCAGGACCGGCGCAAGACAGUCUUCGCCGGCGAUAACCGGGCCCGUUCGGUGGGUGGCGAUAUUUUCAAAAAGGGCACUCCGUUCCGGAGUAGGGAACUUUGCGAAAGAUGGGGGGACCGGAAAUACGGAAUUAUACUUCCCGUUCGGGGGGAGCACACGGAUUUACACACUGGGGAUUUUCCCAGCAAAGUCCAUACGUACCGACAACUACAAUCUUUUGCCGACCCGGAGGAGAAUCCACCAGAUGUUCCCGUGUUGUGGAUGGUCGCGGCGCCGGCCGGUAUGUCGAUGGGGGCCGUCAUGGUAGGUACUUGUCCGUCAUUCAUCUUCCCUUUCACGUUCGCUCGUAUUCGUCCACGAACACGUUACAUCUACCGCGUGCGGACGGGUAAAAGAGAGCAAGGUGAGAUACUUGACAGGACCUCGAUACCUCGCAAGGAGGAAUUUCUAGGUAGGAGCUUCAUGGACAUGAACAGCAAGGGAUACAAGGUACAAAAGAACGUAGCCAGGGAAUGUCAGACGCGCACGGGUUUGCAGGCAUAA